AUGUACGAUUUAUUUUAUUUUUCUCCAGAACCUAACCUUGAAGAAAAAGCUCUUUCUCCUCCUCGUCAGUCUUUUUGUAAAGAAGGCCAAUUACCACGCAGCCUACGUAUUAUUUCUUCCUGUUAUCCUCAUGCUAGGCCUGGAACAAACUGUAGCGUUAAAUGCCACGAUCACAUGUACCUUCAAGGAGAUAACACAGUUCAGUGUCUGUCGUCAACAGAGUGGUCUAGCUACCCCUUCUGCGUCGAACAACUACCUGCUCUGAUGAAUACGGUACAUUGUGUAGAAGAAGAACUUCCUCCCGAAUUAAUCCUUGAAAAAUCCUGCACAAAAGAAGUAACUAAAACCUGUAAUGUCACGUGCCCUGAAGAUAAAGUUUUGAUUGGAGAUUCCACAAUAAUGUGUUUAUCAACAGGCCGCUGGUCAUCCAUUCCAUUCUGUGACAACAGGUGCGACGAAGACGCUCGGUACUUUUCAGGGAAGUGCUACAAACUGAUGUGGAAAACCCGUGGAAUAAUGGCCCACUGGAAGUGUCAGACUUUAAACAUGGAGCCACUACUCAUUGAAGAUCAGUUAGUUUUUAAUUUCAUAGUUGAUUAUCUCAACGAUAUGAACGAAGAAUGUCUGUGGACGAGCAUUAAUGACAUAGGUGAAGAACAAACAUGGAAAGAUGGGAUGGGGAAACCUGUCAAUUUCUUUAACUGGUAUCCUGGAGAACCUGACACGGGCUAUUAUGGCAAAAACAGAGACUGUGUGGCGAUGCCAAAAUGGAGAAAUUACCAAUACAGUGAUUACCCUUGCGAUAAAUCAUCAUGUAGAUUUAUUUGUCAGUACCACGCUAGGUGCUCAGUGUCUAAUGACUUCAUGUGGAGUAGAGACCAAGGGGUUAAGAAAACACAAAAAAUGGUGACUUUGAGAGAUUUGCAAAUAAGAUCUGUCAGUGCCAUUAGAUGUCCCUUUUCUUCCCUUCCCAGCGAACUGUUUAUAUCAUCCAACUGCAUUGAACAUCCAGAUGUUAUUUGUGACAUAGAAUGCCCUGAAGGGGGAGUCUUAGAAGGUCCUGAAGUCAUUAUCUGUCUGCCUUCUGGACAGUGGUCAGCUAUACCAAGAUGUGUACCUAAACUAGAAGAUCAAAAGGAAGUAAUUACAGACACCCAGACUAAUUGUAAGGAAAUCCAGUUACCUCGAAGCGUCAAAUUAAACGAAGACUGUGCUAUCGAGACUAAGCAGGGAAUAAAGUGUCAACUACAGUGUGCUAAAAAUUUAAUAUUACAAGGAAACAACGAGGUUACAUGUUUACCGAAUGGAAUUUGGUCUAGCAAGCCCUACUGUGUGAGAGACAUUCAGAGAGACCCUACUAAAGUGCUCUGUACAGAAGAAGAGUUACCACCAGAAGUGGACCUUGAAGAUAUAUGUCCAAUGGCUGUCAACAGUGAAUGCAAGGUCUCGUGUCAUGAAUCUAAGUUUUUAGUUGGACCCUCCUCUAUCAAGUGUCUACCUUCUGGCCACUGGUCAGCCACACCAUAUUGUGAUGAAAGAUGCAGCGGGGCCGCAUGGUACUACAAAGGAAAGUGCUAUAAGUUGAUGUGGGAAAGUUUGGGAAUGACAGCCCAGUGGAAAUGCCAAGUGUUAAAUAUGGAGCCAUUAGUCAUCAACGAUGAGGAUGUCUAUAAAUUCAUAGUCGAUCGUCUAACAAACAUCAAGGAGGAGUGUCUGUGGACGACCCUAAAUGACCAACAGGAGGAACUCGUCUUCAGAGAUGCGACUGGAAAUAUAGCUAAGUUCAUUAAUUGGUACCCUGGUGAACCCGAUACAGGCGAGUUCGGCUACGAUAGAGAUUGUGUAUUAUUACCUAAAUGGAGGAAUUACCAGUAUAGUGACUAUCGUUGUGACGACAACUGGUGCAAGUUUAUGUGUCAAUAUAAUGCUACCAACGUGUCGUAA